AAUAAAUAAACUUAAAAAAAAAAAGAACUUACAUUCAGAAGAUAUAAAGAAUUCCUAAAACUUCGUAAGAGAACUAGCAACCCAACUAAAAUUGGCAAAAGAUAAACAGACCCUUUAUCAAACUAUAUAUUCAAAUGGCAGAUAAGAACAUGAAAGAUGUUCAGCACUGUUUGUUAUGAGGGAAAUCCCGACGGAAAGCACAGUGAGGUACCACUAGGCACCAUUAGAAUGGAUAGCAUUUGAAAUCGCCCACACCACGUGUUGGUGAGAACAUGGAGGCCCUAGGACCCUCAUGCACUGCUCAGGGGAAUGUAAAAUGGUAUAACCAGUUUGCAAAGCAGUCUGGUUGUUUUUUUAGAGAGUUAAAUAUAUGCCUUACCUUAUGAUCCAGCCAUUCUCCUAGGUUUUUACCCAAGAGGAAGGAAAGCGUGAGUCCAUGCAGAGAUCUGUACAUGAAUGUUCAAAGCAGUUUUGUCAUGGUUCAGAACUGGAAAUAACUCAAUGUAUCAAGUAAAUGAACAAACUCUGGUAGACCCACAUAAUGGACUGUUGCAGUGUGACGGGGUGACCUGUUGAUAGGCCAUGUAAUGUGGACGAAUCUCCAAAAUGUUAUCCUUAGUGAACGAAGUAAGAUAAGAAAUGAUGACAUACUCCGAUUCCACUUAGGAAAUUCUAGAAAAGGUCAGACUCUGGUGCCAGAAAGCAGAUUGUUGGUUGCCUAGUUCUGGAAGGAGUUACUAAGGGGCACAAGGACAUGUCUGGCAGCGAUAGAUAUCUUCAUUGUCUUCGUCGUGCUAACGGUUUUCAUGGAUGUGGUAUACAUCAGAGCUUAUGAGAUUGUACGGUUUAAAUAUGCACAGUUUGUUGGGUCUCACUUGUAUCUCAGUAAAACUUAAAAAUUGACGCUUAUGGCUUUGAGGAGUAUUUAAUGCCCUUUGCCUCCUGUGGUUGUUCUCACUGUUAAGUGGGUGGCAAGGUGGAUUAGCAGUUAGAAGCGAGGAAGAUGCGGCUUAGCAGAGUUAGCGAGUGCAGGCGCAGCUAGCCCACUGAGUGCAGACCAGGCUGCUGUCCGGCCACUGGUGCCCCCUGCGAGAGGGACAUGCUCAUCACCUGGGGUCCCCAUGCUUUGUCCCGGAUCCUAGGACUCGGAGAUUAUUUUCUCUCUCUUUUCAUUAAUCCUCUCGGAAACUACACUGGUUGUCUGUUCUCGUAUGUUCCUCCCGUGAACGUCAGACAACGGAAGCUGCGUGCUUUCUGAACCGUGUCUCAUGCUCUCCCUCAGGGCACAGUCUUUCGCUGAGCGCCUGCGCCUGGGAAUCGCGGUGAUUCACGGAGAAGCACAGGACGCCGAGUCCGACCUGGUGGAUGGACGGCACUCCCCGCCCAUGGUCAGGAGUGUAGCUGCCAUCCACCCCAGCCUGGAGAUCCCCACUGUCUUAGUGGGUGUCAGGGUGGUGGUUACCAAUACGAUUCCACAUGAAAUCCAGAAGCUCCAGUGCCCCAAAAUUAAAACUGUGGAUAUCAGCAUGAUCCUCUCAGAAGCCAUCCGUCGGAUUCACAAUGGGGAGUCCAUGUCCUACCUUUUCAGAAAUAUAGGUUUAGAUGACUGAACAGCUUUCCUUUCUUUAAACUCCCAAGGGCCAAACUGGAAGCAGAGAGUACUGUGAGGGGUCACGCCUGAUUCAAUGUACUUCCCAGGGGCCGUCUGUGCUUUGUUCCUUCCUUUUUGUUAAUUCCUACGAAGAUAGACCAACUUUUUAUGUCGGUUUAGGUGUUUGUGAGUUUUUUGGGCGAUUUUUAUAAAAGAGAAACUAUAUUCUCCUCCUAAAUGAAUUAACAACCCUAGUUGUUUGUAGCUUAACUAUUUCAACAAUAACCUGGAAUAAGACUUUUAAGCCCACAGACAGCCUUUUUCCAAAGUUGCUGGAGCCCAAGUGCUUAAAAAAGUUCAUGAAAUCAAAUGAUCUAUACUGUGUCAUACCUGCAACUGAAAAGCCAAAAAGAUGAUACUGUCGAAUCCCAGCAAAUGACAUUUUUAGAAACGCUUUUAUAGACACGCAUAUGUGGACAAUUAUUAUGCGACCAUUAUUUAUUUUCUGCAACAAAAGAAGGAAUAAAAAACUUAAUGCUG